GUGUUAAUUUAGCUCAUCUCCCUGAACGUAUCCCAUCACCAUCACUAACUAGUUUCCCUGUAAAACCUCCUGUUACACUUUUGGCAUAUGCCCUGCCCCCAGCCAACCAUAAGAUUUGUUUGCACAUGAAUAGAAAGGAAUGCACUGGUCUCAGAGCAACCCACAUUCACUCUGCGUGAAGGAUUUAUCUCCUGUAUCUGCUAUCUUGGGGGGCCAGGACAGUGUAAUCCACCAUGGAGCUAUUCUGCCAAGAUGUGCCAGGUAUCCAGGCUCCUUACAAAAUCAGUGAUCCCCUCUAAAAUGACACAGCAACCACAUAUUUCGAAACAAAGCAGCUGCCUGCCUGAGUGUUCCUGAUGUCUGAGCUUUACACUUGCUUAGGGUUUCCCUGAUAAAUGGAGUAAUGGCGGUUUAUGCGCGGAUAUAAUUUUGUUGAAGAAAUUAUCCUGGAUGUAACUACAUGAAAGGAAAGGACAUCUGUGCCAAGGGAGACAUGGCUUCCUCAGCUUGACUAAUGGUCAGUGCAUCCUUCUUCCUUGAUCAUGCUGUUCAGAUAGUACUAAACCUUGCACAAUGCCUCCUAUAACGGACCACACGGACAUAUGGACAGCAGAUACUCCUCUUCCUCCAGAUAUCUGUGUGGAUGUCUUGCUUCCCACUGGUAUAUAUGUGCAGAUGGAAGUUCCAAGGAAUGCAUCCAUAUCUUAUAUUAAACAGCUCCUUUGGAAGCAUGCACAAAGCUACCCUUUGUUUCACCUCCUCCUGGAUAUUGACUCCUAUAUGUUCCAGUGUGUUAAUCAGACAGCUGUGCAUGAAGAGCUGGAGGAUGAGACUCGUCGUCUGUGUGAUGUUCGCCCUUUCCUGCCUGUCUUGAAAUUAGUAUCCCGGAGCUGCAAUCCCGCAGACAAGUUAGAUUCCAAGAUCGGAGUUCUGAUAGGAAAAGGUCUCCAGGAAUUCGAUGCCCUUAAAGAUAACGAAGUAAUAGAAUUCCGCUGCAAGAUGAGGAGUAUCAGCGAGGGGAAGAUCCAAUCCCUGCUUGGCCUUACAUGGGUGGAGUGGCUAAAGCGUACAUUCCCCCCAGAACUAGAGCCCUCUGUACAGGAUAACAUCCAAGGCAAGCUCUAUGGUGGCAACAUUGUAGUGGCCAUUCAUUUUGAGAACUGCCAGGAUGUAUUCAGUUUUCAAGUCUCUCCGAAUAUGGCCCCUGUCAAAAUAAAUGAACUUGCUAUUCGAAAGCGACUGACUAUCCAUGGCAGAGAAACGCAAGAGGCAGAUCCUGAAGAUUAUGUGCUGCAGGUCAGCGGAAGGCUGGAAUAUGUUUUCGGGGACCACCCUUUAAUUCAGUUCCAGUACAUCAGAAACUGUGUGAUGAACAAGACUCUGCCACAUCUAACAUUGGUUGAGUGUUGCAACAUCAAAAAGUUGUUUGACCAAGAGAUGAGUGAGAUUGAACAUGCUGUGAGAAGGAAGUCAUCCAUGCACCCAGCUCUUCCAAUGCCCUUGCCCCCAAAGAAACGUGGUGCAUCAAUGAAGACUGUGAAUAUGCGGGAUAUUGUGUGGAAUAUUGUUCAGCCAUACAAGAUCGUUCUAUCCAGAGGGAGUAGGCUGAACACAGAGGACAAUGUUUUGGUGCGAGCUGGCCUGUUCCAUGGCACCGAGCUACUGUGUAAGCCCACAAUGAGUUCGGAAGUGCAAGGAAAGAAUGAUCAUGUUUGGAACGAGAUACUGGAAUUUGAUAUCAAUGUGUGUGAUCUUCCACGAAUGGCGCGUCUCUGUUUUGCAAUAUACGCUGUUCUGGACAAGCCUAGGAACAAGAACAAAACGAAACCUUCCAAUCCCAAAUAUCAGACGAUCAAGAAGUCUGGCAAAAUGCACUUCCCUGUGGCCUGGGUGAACACCAUGGUGUUUGACUACAAAGGGCAGCUGAGGUCUGGGGACAAUGUAUUGCACUGUUGGUCAUCAUUCCCUGAUGAACUUGAAGAAAUGCUAAACCCCAUGGGAACUGUGCGAACCAAUCCUUACAGUGAGAAUACUACAACUCUACAUAUAAUGUUUCACGACUACUCCAAAGGACCCAUUUCUUAUCCACCAUUUGAUAAGAUACUUGAAAAAGCUGCUGAAAUUGCACGGAACAGUGACAGCCUGUCUACGUCGGGGCGAGGUGGGAAAAAGUUUAAUAUUGAGCUCAAGGAGAUCAUGGAACGGGACCCUCUGUGCCAGUUAUGUGAGAAUGAGAAGGAUCUGAUCUGGACCUUGCGGUACGACUGUAGAGAGAAUUUUCCCGGGUCACUCCCCAAGCUUCUCUUGUCUGUCAAGUGGAACAAGCUGGAAGAUGUGGCACAGCUUCAAGCCCUUCUCCAAAUCUGGUCCAAACUUCCCCCAAGGGAUGCCCUAGAAUUGCUUGAUUUUAACUAUCCAGACCAGUAUGUGAGGGAAUAUGCAGUCAACUGUCUUAAAUAUAUGAGUGAUGAGGAGCUCUCCCAGUACCUUCUACAGCUGGUGCAGGUUCUGAAGUAUGAGCCGUUUCUGGACUGUGCCCUCUCCCGUUUCCUCCUACAGAGAGCCCUGGACAAUCGCAGGAUAGGACAAUUCCUCUUCUGGCACCUGAGGUCUGAGGUUCACACCCCUGCUGUCUCUGUGCAGUUUGGCCUGCUGCUGGAAGCGUACUGCAGAGGGAGUGUGGCUCACAUGAAAGUUCUGUCCCGACAGGUGGAGGCUCUGAAUAAAUUGCGCACAUUAAACAGUCUAAUCAAACUGAAUGCUGUGAAGCUGAGCAAGGUCAAAAACAAAGACAACAUGCAUACGUGCCUGAGGGAGAAUGCCUACAAGGAGGCGCUCACACACAUUCAGUCUCCGCUCAACCCCAGCAUCACCCUCUCCGAACUUGUUGUAGAGAAGUGCAAGUACAUGGACUCUAAGAUGAAGCCGCUCUGGAUUGUGUACAACAACCGUGGAUUUGGCAGUGAUUCGCUUGGAAUCAUCUUCAAAAAUGGAGACGACCUGCGUCAGGACAUGCUGGCACUUCAGCUGCUGCGGCUGAUGGACAUGCUAUGGAAGCAGGCCGGAUUGGACCUGAGGAUAGUGCCUUAUGGUUGCUUGGCCACUGGAGAUCGCUGUGGUUUUAUAGAGGUUGUAUCAGCGGCAGAUACUAUUGCAGACAUCCAGCUUGACAGCAGCAACCUUGCAGCGGCGGCCGCUUUCAAUAAAGAUGCUUUGUUGAACUGGAUCAAGGAAUGUAAUUCUGGCGAUGACCUAGAGCGAGCUAUUGAGGAAUUCACCUUGUCCUGUGCUGGCUACUGUGUAGCUACUUACGUGCUUGGAAUUGGUGACCGCCACAAUGACAACAUCAUGGUUAGGAAGACUGGGCAGCUUUUUCACAUUGAUUUUGGACACAUUUUGGGGAACUUCAAAUCCAAGUUUAAAAUUAAGAGGGAGCGUGGACCCUUUAUACUUACAUAUGACUUCAUUCACGUGAUCCAACAGGGAAAACCAGGGAACACAGAGAAAUUUGGCAGGUUUCGGCAGUGCUGUGAGGAAGCCUACUUAAUCCUGCGCAGGAAUGGAAACCUCAUCAUUACUCUGUUUGCACUAAUGCUGACAGCUGGACUCCCUGAGCUGAGUUCUGUUAAAGACAUCCAGUAUGUCAAGGACUCCCUUGCCCUCGGCAAGACAGAGGAAGAAGCACUUAAGCAAUUCCGCCAGAAGUUUGAUGAGGCCCUAAAGGAAAGCUGGACAACCAAAGUUAACUGGAUGGCUCACACGAUGCGUAAAGAUUACAAGGCUUAGCGGAUCCGGUCACUGUCUAAGCCUUUUCCAUAGAACCGUCUGUGGGGACAUGUUAUGUCUCUAGUACAUGAAUGCAAUGGCUGAUAAGCAUUGAGUGCUGUUAUCUCCGCAUGUGUACGUACCACGGACUGGUCCCUUACUGCCACUUUAAUGUUUUGCGUGUAUCUAUGUGUUCCAAUUGAAGAUAACUGGCUGUUAAGGACCAGGAGGAGAGGAAUCCAUAAAAUAGCCACUGCAAUUUUGUUGCCUUUUGUGCGUUUCCAAUGCUGGAUAUCACUGCAAUGUUUUAAAUUAAAGGAAAGCACCGAUGUUCAGGCUGGUGCCUCUCCAAGGCUCCGGUGUUGCACACUUUCUACUGUGAUACACUUGACUUGAGCCUUCUAAUGAUAUUUAUUUUUCCUAUCUAUUUUUGUGCUUAUGAGGCAGAACUCAUCGAUCGGCUCUAAGCUUGGAAGUGAUGGGAAGCAGGUUCAUCAAAGUUUUUUUUCCUCUUAUUUGCUGUCUUCCUGCAUUCUCUGUAAUCUUUUUAGCAUUGCACUUCCCUUUAUAUACUGUGAUGCCAUCUGUUGUUGUCCCACAGUGUCUUCCAGUUGCCACUUCGGUACCGGAGAGGGACGGCGCAUUCUGUGGGACGUCGCUACUGUUUUGAGCAUAGAAGCACAGCACUUUGAAUGACAGUGAGUGGCUGUGUUGUAUAGAGAAUGUACUCUGCAAGUCUAUCGGUACUCAGUAAAUUCAAUAUGAUGCUACCCUCCUGGCAGCAGACUCUUGCUGUAAGCAGUGGGGGCCGAUUGUGUAGGCAGGGACUUUUUCACACUCGGCAGUGGUUGUGUGUAAAUGGUCCUUUUCUCAGUAUUUGUGUCACUUUGUGGAUUACUGAGCAACAGGGGCUAAAACAGAGCCGGGAUGGGGCACGACUUCACAGAGACAGGUAUACAUUCCAUUUUGCUUCCUAGACCAGACUGUAAAGAUCUACCGAUACUUGACAACAGUGUGCAAUGCAGCGGACUGAGCACCCUCAGCUGCAACUAGAUGGAUGGAUGCGAACGCCUGUUAAUUUCUAUGGGAUAGUUGAGUGCAGUGUGACGGAUCAGGUAAUAGAGUUUCCUCAUAAAUAAAAAGCAAGGUAUGAGUGAGAAGAAAGUGGUAUUUAUUCAAUUUGUUUUUUUAAAGGAAAAAGGUAACUGCCACUGGAGCUGCAACGUUUCUUGUAUUUAUUAACAUUCUGGGUUAAUCCGACUAAAAAAAAAAAGAUUUUCCUUGGGACACCUAUGGAGCAAAUGAUGUGCCCUUUUCUGCAGGUUUAUGUCCGCACAUUCUGCCUGGUAUUCUGUUGCACCCAUGUCUUUACACUGGAUCUUAUCUAUAUGUAUAGGAAAACUGACUGAGCCGCUGUUUUAUCAAGAAUGUAGUUGAAUUAUUUUACACUGUAAAGAGGGAUAAUGGGGCCUUUCCUAUCAGACUCUGAAUAAACAGAUUCUGUGCAAAUGCCGGUGUGAGAUUUGUUAUGGGGAGAUAAUGUUAGCGCCAUCUAUUGGACAAAGGUUCCCCUUUAUAUUAUUUUAGUUUCCCUUUGAAAUGAAAUGAGGUUGUGCAGCCCAGUGUGCUGUUAUUGCUUGCAAAUGCACAACUUAGGGGAUAAAGAGGAGACACUGUCACAAUUUAUCACUCAGCAAUUUAUAUAAUAAUAUAAACAGUGUUUAUAUUUUUACCAUGAUAAAAGGUAAUGACAUAUACAACAAUUUCAGGCAUUUUACCCACUGUAUUUUGUCCUUGCUAAUAACAUGGCAUAACAAUGGCCAGAAAAUAUCCAAAGUUGUCUCCGAUGCAAAAGUGCUUGUUAUGCAAUUUAUAUACCAUGUAUAUAUAAUACUCAUUUCUUUAUUGGCCAUUGACACUGGAAAAUAGCAAUUCAGUCUUUAGAUUGUUAAAGGGAUACUCUACGCAUUAUUGAUCAACCUGUUACCGGUGCACUUUUUCAGGUGUCAUGUCUAUAAGUCCCCACAAUCAGGGUCAGAACAAAGUCCAAAAUCGCUGAUAUGCUUUUGUGAUAAAAAAAAAAAACACCAUGCUAGGGCACUAGAAUUUAUGUUAUGGGAGGCAUUAAUUCAGCAAGGAAAGAGAAUGGGCAUGAAAUGUAUUUUCAUCUUGAAAACAGGAAUAACCCUGCCCUCCAUAUUUUUGUCACCUGUUUCCCAAGAGUGACUUGAGGCCUUGAGGGGCAGGGCAAAGGUCUAAUAGCCUGUAGGACUAUCAGAUUUUGUUUCCAACACCUAGACUUGCAUCAACCUUAGGUCACAGACGUGUCACUGGCCAACAUAAAUAAAGGACAGUAAAGGACAAGGAAAGUCAGGGUACCCCCCCCCCCCCAGGGUGAAUAUAAUCACUAACCCUUUUUAUUUCAGUGCUGCACUUCCAUGUAAGCCCCAUGACCCCCUG